GAAGGAGGAAGGGAAGAAGGCAGGUGUCUGUGCUGACACACCAUGGCCGCCCGCACCGUGCCCCACGCCUACCCCAUGAGCUCCGAGUACGAAUUUGCCAACCCCAGCAAGAUCUACGACCAGAACUUUGGAGAAGGUGUUUCCCCGUCGGAGAUUUUAGCCCCUGCCCUGUACCACGGCUACUACAUCCGACCCCGCAUCAACAAGCAGCUGGAGAGGGGCACCUCGGAGGUCUGCCUGAACCAGCACAAGUUCCAGGUGUUCCUGGAUGUCUGCCAGUUCCUGCCCGACGAGCUGAGCGUCCGCACCGUGGACAACCUGCUGGAGGUGGCGGGGCAGCACCCGCAGAGGGCCGACCGCCACGGCUUCGUCUCCAGGGAGUUCACCAGGACCUACAUCCUGCCCCUGGACGUGGACCCGCUGCUGGUCAGGGCCACCCUGUCCCACGAUGGCAUCCUGAGCAUCGUGGCUCCCCGCACGGGCAGGGAGGUGAAGGCCAGGGUCAACGAGGUGGAGAUCACCCGGCAGGAGCAGCCCCCGGGGAAGGAGGAGCCGGCCGAGGAAGGAAAAGAGAAGGAAAAGUCCUAAAGGCUGCAGAUGUGGGAAGGUGGGAGGGACAGGGAUGGGGAAUCUGCAGUGCCAGAGCCCUGUUUGUCACCAUCAGUGUUUAGCAGCCACGCUGAUGCUUCUCGAGGCUGAUGGCUGGGAACAAAAGGGACUUGGAACUGGAAAAAAGAGUGGGGCUGAAGCGUGAGUGUGAGUGUGAGUGUAAUGCAAGUUGUUUUCUAGGUCAGGUGAGCGUGCAGGGAGCUCUGCUCUCACCCCAGGGUCACUCCUGCCCUUAACUGUGAGGCUGUGACUCAAUGGGCUGAGCUCUAGCCCAGAAGGGCACUGGGAAGAGAGAAAAGGGGAUCCCAGUGCCUGGAUUCUGAGAUUUUGGGGUGGGUGUUGGUCUGUCAAAGUGCCUGCAGCAAUCAGGAGGAGAGAGGAAUAAAUCUG